GUUUGCUAGACAGCGCUAGCACGCUUUGCUUCAGUCCGUGUCAGUGAGAGUAGCGUGAGGUUGUGUUUGCGCCGAGCUCCGUGUGCGCACAGACAACGGUUCUUCUGACUGUCGGCGGCGGCCGGCGCCCCGCCUGUGUCCCACUUCCAUAGGGAAGGGCACGUUUGUUACAUAGCCGCUGUCUCGUUUGCGCUGCGGGGUAGGGCUCACUGCUGCAUCACUACAAUACUCGGCGAGUCUAUUGUGAGUUCUUGAGGCGCCGGGUGUGAAGAAGCGGGAAGCGAGCGGCAGUAAGUAGCGUCCCUGUUAUACAUCUUAAACUAUCUACAUUACCAAACGUUAGUCCCGCUGCUUACAUCACUACUCCAAUAUCCAUUUAGGGGAGCCCACUCAAUCUACCUUGGUAGUUGAAGAUGUGCAGUUCCAGUGGCCGUAUAUGGUUCCUGACAGACCGCAGAAUAAAGGAUGACUAUCCCCAGCUGGAGAUCCUCCGAGCUCUUAAAGCCAAAUGUUGCGAAGAGGACAUUGAUUUCCGAGCACUACUUAUGGACGAGGUGGUGCUGACAGUGGAGCAAGGAAACCUGGGUAUACGUGUGAAUGGAGAGUUUAUAACCUCCUAUCCCCAGGUGGUGGUGGUACGGGUGCCCACCCCUUGGGUGCAGAGCGAUAGUGACAUCACCGUUCUCAGACACUUAGAGAAAAUGGGAUGCCGCCUGAUGAAUAGACCUCAGGCCAUCCUAAAUUGUGUCAAUAAGUUCUGGACCUUUCAAGAGCUGGCAGGUCAUGGAGUCCCUCUACCCGACACCUUCUCCUAUGGUGGCCACGAGAACUUUGGAAAGAUGAUCGACGAGGCUGAAGUGCUAGAGUUUCCUAUGGUGGUAAAGAACACUCGUGGGCACAGGGGCAAAGCAGUGUUCCUGGCCCGGGAUAAACACCACCUGGCAGACCUGAGUCACCUGAUCCGGCACGACGCCCCCUACCUGUUCCAGAAGUAUGUGCAGGAGUCACAUGGGCGGGACGUAAGGGUUAUCGUCAUCGGGGGACGCGUCAUCGGGACCAUGUUGCGCUGCUCUACGGAUGGGAGGAUGCAGAGCAACUGCUCUCUAGGAGGUGUUGGAAUGCUGUGCACACUUAGCGAACAGGGGCGGCAGUUGGCUGUGCAAGUCUCCAAUAUUCUUGGCAUGGACGUUUGUGGCAUUGACCUUCUUACCAAGGAGGAUGGCUCUUUUUGUGUAUGCGAGGCAAACGCCAACGUGGGCUUCAUCGCUUUUGACAAAGCAUGCAACCUGGAUGUAGCCUCCCUCGUGGCGGACUAUGCUAUCUCGCUGCUUCCAAGCAGACUGACCCGCCGAAUGUCUCUGCUUUCCGUCGUGUCCAGCGCCAGUGAGACCAGCGAGCCGGAGUUACCUCUAGUGCCCUCCGGCACGGGGGUUGAUGUGCCUGUUCCGCUUCAUCAUCACGAGGCCGGAGACAGCAUGAGUGCGAGCUCCAGCUCGGUGGACAGUGACCCUGACACUGCCACGGAGAGGGAGCUUCUCACCAAAGGAGCCAUCUUUAACAUGAACCAGCUUCUUGCCAGUGAAAUCAAGCUACUGGUGGAGUAGAUUUACAGGAGGGAAGAAGGAAAUGAUAGGGCAAUUGUAUUGAAGGGUGGGGGGAGGGGGGGCUUUUGGGUAAAAGCACGUGUAAAUAUUGAAGAGGGGGGGGGGGUCCUUUACAAUUGGUGUGGGGCUUGGGAGGGUUGUUAGAAGGGGGGAGGGGUAUUGGGAUUUAAGCCUUCCUGCUAUGAAUGAGGCUGUUCCACUGAGCUAUGAGUUAGGUAGGGGGGGGUGAAGCAAGAGAUACAGGGCUUUGAGGGUCCACCUCUUCAUUAUUGCAAGGGAAAGACUCCAUGUCUUCAGCCACUUGAAAUGUAUGAAUGUGUCCAAGUUAAAUGUAAGAUAUGCCAGGAUAGAGUGAAUGUGCGGCCCCUGUACAAAUUCUAAUGCCCUACAUUGAGAUGUCUUAUUUUUACUGCUCUGUGCAUCUCCAACAUUUGCCAACUACCAAUGUUCCCUUUCUAAACUGUUCUAUUUAUCAAGCAAUGCACUUUGUUCUGCAGGACAAAGGAAGGCAAAGGUGGUCGUUUUAAUGUUAUGUUCUUGUAUGGAAGGGCAUGCUGCAACGUUAGACACUUCACUAAUACACAGGAAUCAGUGGGGCCUAAAACGCCGGGCCUCUGUGCAGUGCUUUUCUUUCUCCUAUCAAUGGUUAUUUUUGGCAACUGGCUGAGAGCCAUAGGUAACCGUGGUGAUGGGAUUGGGGAAAGUGGGCACUAUGAGAUGAUGUGUUAUAAGCCAUACUGAUGGGGCUCCAUGGAUAAUUGGGCUGGCUGUAGGAGACACAGCAGUGUAUGUGGGAGGGGUACGGUACAAAGGGCCCAGAAAUACACGGUUUAGUGCUAAUAAAUGUUACAAACUAUCGCUAACAUCUGUGAUUUUUACAGCAUCCUCUUGCAUAGAAGAGCAUUAGCUUCCCAUGAAGGUGUACCUUUGUAACUAUGAUGGCGCUUGUGGCUGUGGUGGUGCCCGGGGUGGCUGCCCAUGAAAUGGCCCUCACUGCUUCCUAUUCAAUUGGAUCUGGGGAGAAAUUCAGUGUUGGGCAUUUCUAAAUCUAUUAUAUAGAGUUAUAUGGAGUCUGAUGUCUCUUGUGUUUACUCUGCCCCUAAAAGAUGGAGGUGACACAACCCCGCCCUCUUCCUUUAAUACUGAUUGCACGUGCAUGCACAGGUUUUAGCCAUUAUCCCUUCUUUUCUGUUGAAAAUUGGUUUUUCCUUUCCCACCAAGCACUGUAAGACUGCCCAUGGAGGCUGGGCUGCAAAGUAAUGAUAUUGAUAUUUAGCCUCCCUGCCCUCGGCCUCUGCUGGCACCAAAUGCCACUUAUCCUUGUGCAGAUCCCGGCCAUGGGAAAUGGUGGCUAUUGUUUAGCAGUGGCAGCUCUGUGCUAUUAAAUGUAGCCGGAGACGCUGGAAUAUAUUCGUUUAAACCUUCUGGCUGUAUCUGCUUUGGGUCAGUGUGGGCACCACCUAGGCCUCGGCCCUACUGGCUUUGUGAGCCAGGGACUGUUUUCCCCAUUACUUUUGUUCUCAACACCGACUCUGUAUUUCUCAUUCUGUGCUGCAAAAGCAGCCUUUUUACUUAAUGGUUAAUAUCGGUGCCCCCCACUAUCACACAAUGUAUAUUUAUAUGCACUCCAUCUAUAUGUACCCGGCCCCUUUGCUGGCAGAAAAUCCCAAAUGACACCACAGGAAAUUCUGCAGCAGAAGGGUUAAACCCCAACCUUCCCACUCAUUCUUUCUCCUUGUCUCUGUUGGAUUAAAUGGAAGCACUCGGACAGGGACACAGUGUAUAUCAGUGUUAAUGCUGUUUUUGUUUUUUUUAAUUGCCUUUGAAAACUGUUCAUUUUUGGUUUUCAUUUUUAAACCCAGACUGCUGCUUUCCUUUUUAUACGUUGCCCUUGAUGGAGGAGUGUUUGGGGUUUGUUUUUUUUUCUUUAAUGUUGGUGUUUGGUAGAACCCAUAAGUUAUGUUCCUACACAGGGUAUUGCUGUUCCCCCCCCCCCCCCCCCCUUAAAUGAUAAUGGGCAUAGAUCCAUUCCCAAGGCUGUAAGUACGCGGUGACUUUUGAUCUAGUUCUAGUCGGCCAAUUUGUAUUUAGAUCAUAACAAAAAUAUCAGUCCUGCGGACUUGCAUUGUAGCCACAAGUGAGUUGUAGUCUAAACAUAUAUACAGGGAUGCCAGUUGCUCAACACCGCUCAUUAAUUUGGAUCAAACUGCCCUUUUUACAAGGGGCAACUGGCAAAGUGGAUUUGCCCCACCCCCCCUGACAGUAGCGCUAUGAGGCCCCCAGAUACUCAGUGUCCCAGGUAAUGAAUUGUUGGGGCAGAUGUAUCUGUUGGGUUCCAGCACUGUAUGACAGCAGGCCCUGUGACUGUAGCUGCUCUCCUACAGGAGGUAGCAGGGUAUGGAGCAUUGUUAUUGGGGUAUCCAGUUAUAAGGCUGCCCCCCCGCAGCCUGCCUGUUACAUUCCUACCUCUUCCCCUGCCCCUCCAUGGUCAGAAAAUCACUGAUAUGCCCCCCGUUAGUGGUACACUGCAGCACACUACAGAGGGCACCAGGGGUCUCCUCUUUCCCCCUCCGACUCCUCCAUCAACGAGCAGACUUUUUUUAAUCGUUUUUUUUUUAAGUCCUAUUUAAG